UAUUUUUAUUUGUAUUUUAAUCAGAGGCAGAGCAAUAGGUUUGCGCGGCCCUCACUGGUCACCGACUUACCGUCACUAACGCAAAUAAGCUGCAAAUUCGCCGCCCGAAACCGCGCCUUCCCUUCUUCACACAUACGACAUGGCGCAGACGAAGCGAAAAUCCAUAGACGGCGGCGGCGGAGACAAGGCAAAGGGAAAGAGAGGCAAGCCCGGCGGCAAGAAGCAGAAGAAAGGCGCCGACGCAAGAGAGAGAAAAGGCCCUCGUUUGCCCAACGUUCUCCGAAAGGAGGUCGAACGCUUAAACCCUAUCGAAGAUGAAGAUAUUGAUUCCGAUGAGGCGGAGGUUUAUGGCCGGGACUUUUACGAGUACGAAGAGGAGCUGCCUGAGGAGGAGAAAAGGAAGAACCGCCGAUUCGACCCGGUCGAGAACCUCGAGUAUCAGCUUCCUGAUGAAUUUGAGGAUGAAAAUGUGUCAUCUGAGGAUGAUGACAAUGACAUGGGGGAGGCUGGAGAGGGUGGGGGUGAAGGUGAUGAUGAUGAUGAUGAUGAUGGAAGGCAAGGAAGCACACGAAUCCCGGCUUUUGAAGGGAAGAAGAAGAGGAAUACCAAUGUUGUUGUAUCAGAGGCAUAUCCCGAGUCUGAGUAUAACCCUACACGUGAUACUUUGGAUGGUGAAGGGCCUGUUAGCAUUGAAGACCUUCUGAACCCUCUCCAUGGAAAAUCUGGUUAUAGCAAACUGAGAAAGAGAAUACAUCAUCUUGAAAAGAAAUCCGUUCCUACUCCAGCUCCACUUCCAAAAGCAGAUCAAGAGAAAUUGGAGAGGAUGGCAGCAUAUGAAAAAUCAACGGAAGAACUACGAAAGUGGGAACCAAUCAUUAAGAGGAACAGGGAGGCGCCUACCAUAUAUUUUGAUGAUGAUAUGGAUUUACGAUCUUCAACGACAUCUGAUUUCAAACCUAGAACUGAAUUUGAAAAGAAAAUUGCGUCAUUAGUUUAUGAUGACCAGGUUAAAGAUGCUCACCUAAAAGACGGUUCAAGGCUUCUUGAAUUAAAUAAGGUAUCCGCUGAAGAUGAAAGAGACCGCCAUAAUCGAAUGGCCAAAAUGCGCAGCCUUCUCUUUCGUCAUGAAAUGAAGUCAAAACACAUAAAAAAGAUCAAAUCCAAAACUUAUCAUCGUUUGUUGAAGAAAGAUAGAUUGAAAGCAACAUCUGCACAAAGUCAAAUGGAUCCAGACGCUGCUAAAGAACUUGCAAUGAAGCAAGAGUAUGAACGAGCAAAGGAAAGAAUGACUCUGAGGCACAAAGGUAGCUCCAAGUGGACAAAGCGCAUCAAAGAGCGUGGUAUAGAUGUCCAAGAUGAAGGUACUCGGGCUGCUAUAGCUGAACAGCAGCACCUGCAUGCUCAGCUGACAAGAAAAAUGAAUUCUAUGAAAGACGGUAGUAGCAGCAGCAGUGAUGACAGUAGUGACGAGGAUGAUAUAGAUGUAUAUUCACCUGGUUCAGACCAUGCUAGGGCAGCGAAGCUGUUAGAAAAAGCAAAGGAGAAGACACGUAAUGUGCUGAUAGAUGAUGCUGAAGUGCCUAACUCAGGAGUGCUUUCAUUACCUUUUAUGGUGCGUGGAUUGAAAAAAAAGAAUGAGGCAGCUGCUGAAGAAGCUAAACUUGCUCUUCAAGAGUAUGAAUCAUGGUCAAACCCAUUGGAGGAUUCAAGUGGGGCAGAUAAUCUGAAAGUGGGCCCUCCAAGUGGUAGAAUGGUCUUCAAUGGAUCUAAAAAUAAGGCUCCAGAAUCAAGUAAUAAGACCAAAGCAGACAAUAAAAUGAGAUCAGAUAAUUAUUAUGCUAAUAGUGAUAGUGAAGAUGACUUGGAGCCCGAAGAAAAUGUUGAUGUUGAGAAAGACAGAAGUAGUGAUUUGUACAAGGAUGUCAACAUUAGUGCUGCGCUACUUCAUGAAGAUUCUCAAAAUCACAACGAUUCUCUUUUCAAGAACUUCGGUGAUAUUGUUCAAGCCCCAGGUCCGAAGACAACACAUGAGGUUUCUAUUUUUGCUUCAGGCUCGUGGAAAAAGAUAAAAAGUGGCAAUAGAGUGGAUGCAAAUGGUAGAAAGUCUAUUCGUCCCCUGGAAUCAGUUGAGCGGAAUCAAAAUCUGCAAGAACGUGUGGAGGAUUUGGAUGAGGAUAGUGAUGCAAAUAGCGAGGGGCAGAUGGUAGAUGGAUUUCUUACUUCAGAUCCAAAAGAUGAAUACCGCCUUCCUUCUCAAGCUGAGCUAAUUCGUCAAGCCUUUGCAGCGGAUGAUGUAGAGGAUGAAUUUGAGAAGGAGAAACAGGAAGUUCUGAAUGAGGAAAACCCUGAACCCGAAAAGCCGACUUUACUCCCUGGCUGGGGUCAGUGGACUCAUGUACAGAAAAAGAAAGGCUUACCUUCUUGGAUGCAAAAAGAACACGAAGAUGCCAAGAAGAAGAGAGAAGAAACCCUUAAAAAGAGGAAGGAUGCACAUCUUAAACGUGUUAUUAUCUCGGAAAAGUUGGAUAAAAAGGCGGAGAAACUUUUCACAAAAACAUUACCUUACCCUUUCACAUCCAAAGAAGUUUUUGAACAGAGCAUUCGCAUGCCCCUGGGUCCUGAAUUCAACCCUGCAAGUGCUGUUGGAGCUCUUAAUCGGCCUGAAGUGAUGAAGAGACCCGGUGUAAUUAUAAGACCGGUCGAGUUUGAGGAGGUGAAUCCUCAAGGAAAAGUAGAGGAUCACAAACAGAGUGGAAAGAAACAGAAAAAGAAGAAUAAGAGUAACAAGAGUAAAAGCGGUAGCGACAAAAUUGUGACAAAGGUGAAGACUAAGCUCAAGAGUUGAUUAAUGCAAAACUGUUUUCGGGUAAUUUUUUUCCAGUUCCAUUCUUUCCAUGGCGUAAGCGUCAUCAAUUUUCUACGUUUUGGAAGAUGAACUAGUGAGAAGAGAAGACAGAUCGAGCUGGGAUACUUAAUCUGUACGUGCUGGUUGAAAUUCAAUUGCCAUAAUUUUUGUAUCUUUUAUUCUUUUCUCUUCUCCUGUGUUGCAUGCAGUAGUUUGGUAGAAACUGUAUCAGCUAUAUAUUAAAGCUAUUUAACAUUUUAGGAAAACCUAAUUUGAAUUUUACUGCUGUAGUAUACAUGCUGUGUUAUUGUAUUUGUGUUUUCAUUUUUCA